AGAUGGAUGACAACUGCCAUUAAUACACUAAAAGAAGAAGAAGAAGAAGCAGGCGUUAGCUUCUAUCCAAGAUGGCUGCGACCAUUGACAACAGCAACGCCGUUCAGGCGACCAAGAGAAAGCACCUCGGGAUCCCCGAAGCUGUGUUUGUGGAGGACGUGGACUCUUUCUUGAAGCAGCCGGGCAACGAGACGGCCGACGCAGCACUGAGGAAGCUGGAUGAACAAUACCAGAAGUACAAGUACAUGGAGCUCAAUCUGUCCCAGAAGAAGCUCAGGUUGAAAAGCCAGAUCCCACAAAUCAUUCAGACGCUGGAGAUCCUCCGACACAUGCAGAAGAAGAAGGAGACCACUGCGCCCAUGCAGACGCACUUCAUGCUGGCCGACAACGUUUACUGCAAGGCCUCGGUGCCCCCCACCGACAAAGUCUGCCUCUGGCUGGGGGCGAACGUCAUGUUGGAGUACGACAUCGACGAGGCCCAGGCGCUCCUCGAGAAGAACCUGUCCACCGCAUCCCGCAAUCUGGAGACCCUUGAGGACGAUCUGGACUUCCUGCGAGACCAGUUCACCACCACCGAAGUCAACAUGGCACGCGUCUACAACUGGGACGUGAAGAGACGGAGCAAAGAGAACGUCCUCAAGUUGGUGGACAAGCCUUAAAACCAACCAACCAACCAACACACACACACACACACAGCUCUCUGCUCAGCAGCUUCUCCUUAAGUAAUAAACCAACCCGGAGCUCGACCGACACGAGGGCGCGUUUAGGAGGGUGUGCUUGAUUUGUACUCCUCCGGGUGGUUGAAUCAGGCUCACGUCCUUCACCCGGUGUCAUCUUGAACCCUCUGAAGUCAAACUGUUUUCUUGUUAAUUUGCUACAGAACACACACAAAUCUUUUGGAUGAUUUCAGUGUGUGACAUUUCUCUCGCGUUGUGUCUCUUCUCACUGAGCUGCACCACGUCGACGUUCACACACACAACUUUAGCUUGUUUUUGUUCACUUGUUGCUUAAUUGUUGAAGAGCGUGGUGUAGAAGUCAUGCUGCAGGAUGAAGAUCACAAGUGAGACGAGCUGUGCUUCCUCCUCCUCCUCCUCCUCCUGGCUGCCGUUCUGUCUGUAUUUAUUUUUUUCUCUAUUGAUUAAGCCGUGACUGAAGUAAAGGAACAUUUGGGCAAAGA